AACAUGCAAAUUUUGGCGCCAUUUUCGAUGACACCUACCGCUACCGCUUUGACGUGUCAUGUCAUCGUAAAAUUGCUACAAUUUUUAAAUGAAAUGUCUCGUAUUUUACCUCUUAUCUUUAAUAUCGCGUUACACAAUUAAUAAUCGAUUAGUUUAAGCCGAUAAUAUAAUAGAUUUUUAAUGCUUCGAACACAUACCAGGAACUUAGACUGAUUCAACACUAAUACACAUUUUUAUUACGAUAGCUGACACUAGCCACAACUAUGAAACAUCCCUCAGGUGACACGUCCAAAGCUCACAUGCUGAAAUAUCUGAGCUUGUUUGUUUUAACCGUUCAAAAUGCUUUAUUAGGCCUCAGUAUGCGAUAUGCUAGGACUAGGGAUGGGGACAUGUUCUUAUCAUCAACAGCUGUUCUUAUGGCAGAGGUAGUGAAAUUAGUGACUUGCUUAAUAAUCGUUUACGCCGAAAGUGGUGGAAUCGUUCAACUUUUCGAUGCAAUCGACAAACAAAUCAUCAAACAGCCCAUCGACACCUUAAAAGUGUGUGUCCCUUCGUUUGUAUACGUCAUACAAAAUAAUCUCCUUUAUGUAUCUGCGUCACAUUUGGACGCAGCAACAUAUCAGGUCACUUAUCAAUUGAAGAUUCUAACAACGGCAAUGUUUGCCGUCUUGAUCCUAAAAAAAGAACUUUUGAAAACACAGUGGGUAUCCUUGGUUUUGUUGGUCAUUGGUGUAGUCCUUGUCCAACUGGCCCAAAGUCCGAACAGUGCACAAGUCCACACAGGGCCUAAACAGAACCGUUUCAUUGGUUUUAUGGCCGCUGUUUCGGCUUGUGUUCUUUCGGGCUUCGCUGGGGUUUUUUUCGAAAAAAUGCUCAAAGGUAGUGAUAUAACGGUGUGGAUGCGUAAUGUGCAGUUAAGUGUUUGUUCCAUUCCUUUUGCGCUAAUUUCAUGUUUUGCGUACGAUGGGAAUGUUAUUUCCCAGCGAGGGAUUUUUUUCGGAUAUGAUAAGUUCGUCUGGUAUCUUGUUUUGUUGCAAGCUUGUGGCGGGUUAAUUGUUGCUGUUGUUGUUAAAUUCGCGGAUAAUAUUUUAAAAGGGUUCGCUACUUCCUUAGCUAUUGUUAUCUCAUGUAUCGCUUCUAUCUAUAUCUUUGACUUCCAACUCACAGCGCAGUUUACGCUAGGAGCGGCUUUUGUGAUUGGGUCCAUAUUUUUGUAUGGACAUACUCCGAAAAAAAGUACCCCAAUGUCGGCGCAUAAGUCGUAAUCUUAUUUUAACGCUUGCAGCAUCUCAAUUUUUUAUUAUUAAGUUUCGUAAGCGGGCCAUUUGUUAUGUAUUGUCUUUCUUAUUUUAUAUACUUGUGAUGUUCGUAUUCUGAUCUUAUUGUAUAAUUUAUUGAAGUAGUAUUGACUUUCGUACUUAAUUUAACCUCAUAAUGUUUAGUGCAAUAAGUGAAAAUAAAAUAUUUUUGUAAGUG